UCUAAUCGUAUUUAUGAUAAAUCCAUAAUUAAUAAAUUAAUUAAUCAAAUUAAGAUUAGAAUAACUAAAUAUCAAAUAAACAAAACAAGUAUGAAAACUACUAUUAUAAUAGCUUUGAUUGCUUUUUCUAUGCUCUUGCCUAUAUGCUUUGCAUAGAUGACCAAGCCUGAAGAUUUAUCCACUUUUUGCUCUUACAUCGGUAACAAGUAUAACCGCUAUAUUUAGUAAAACAGUGAUUCCUUCUAGCGUUGUACAUACUGCUAAUAUAAAUAUAAUGAUCCUUCUGACCCUGUUUUUGGUGGAUGCGCUUCUUGCCCUAAUUUUAAAGAUGGAAGCUGCACAAGCUGCGUUAGUGGUUACGUCCUAUUCAACGGAAAGUGUGUCUCUUGCGGUAAUGGUGUUAAGUCUUGUACUAUCGCCAACUAAAACUUCUUAAAAGAUCCCGUCAUUCAAUAAGUAUUAAGUGAUAUUAGUAAUUCCACUUUGAAGACUCAACAACAAAAGAACAUCGAAGAAAUGAAAAUCUAUCAAUAAUACUUAGCUAUCAGAGCUGAUGAAUGCGUUGAUUCUUCAUCAAGCGAUGGAGUUGUUGCAGAAAUAGGUAGCGUAUGUAAGAAAAUUCAAAAUUGUGAUAAGAUAGAUAGAACCUCUACCACUGUUUCUUGCUCCAAAUGCAAGGCUGGAUUUUACUUUGAUUCACAUUUUAGCUGCACUGAAUAAUGCAAAGCCGACAUUGUCUUCUUCAAUAACGAUAAAUACGAAAAAUAAGAAUCUAAAGUUUGCAGCGAUUGCACUUAUAAAGGCUUAUGUAAAACCUGCCCUGCUGGAACUGUCUAAGUUAGCUCUAAAAACUAAGAUGCCCUUAAAGAUUCAACUCUUAUGGUCUGCCAAAAGUGUAUGGAUAAUUGCUAGUAAUGCUCUGUUUCUGACUCUCUCACCAGUCACAUUUAAUGCGAUAUCUGCUCAUCUGGAUUCUUCUACAACUCUGAUAAAAACACUUGUGACUAAUGUAAUAUUGAUUCUCUCUUGAUUAACAAGCCAUCAGAUUCUCAAAGAAGUAGCAUUAAAUUAGUUUGCUCUGGAAAUAGCUUCAAUUAAAUUAACUGGAGUGCUUCUUAUGUUACCCAAAAUGAUCUCCUCAACCAAACCUUUACUUAUUCUAUUAAGACUGUAAACAAUAACUAAGCUUUCAUUUGCGGAGAAGGUGCUAUUGACUGCGAAUUAAAGGAUGGAAAUGUAAUAAAUAAAACCUGCUUAUAUGGUUAUGCUUUGAAAGAUAACAAAUGUGUUUCUUGCGAUACUUUAGCUAAAAAUUCUAUCCUCUGUUAAUACAAUGAUAAGCUUAAUGCUUACAUUCCCACUUUAUGUAAGGUCGGCUCUUAAUUCGAUAUUCCCUACGCUGAUAGCUACUCCUUAUAAAUCACUAUCGAUGAAGUUGAUGGCUUAGUCAAAGAGGGUAUUGUCAAAUCUUACAGCGAUGUUCCUAAUCCUGAUACUUGGUGCCAAAUAAACACUAAGUAAUGCAAGAGUUUUGCCUCUCUUAGAUAAAAAAUUGCUUUAAAUAUCAGCGAUGACAAGUUUAAAGGUGCUUGCAAUGAUUGCUUCACUGAUGAUAGUAUUCCAAAAUUAUAAAGAAAGAUUAGCUCCUAGGAUUUCUACCAAUUUGAUGAUGGAUAAACCUAAAAAUGUCUUCGUUGCUCUGAUCAAAAUGCUGUUAGCUGCAAAUAAAUAGACAAUCAAAUUUAAACUAUUUAAUGCUCUUCUCACUACUAUUUAAGCGUAAAUAACGAAUGCCUUCCUAUUAAAUCAGAAGAUUAAAUAAAGUAAAUUGAUAACUGCUUGAGCUAAAAACAAAAUAAAAAUAAUGAUGGCUCAGAUUCACAGUUAUGUGUUGUCUGUGCUGAAAAUUACCAUUUAAGUAAUGACAAUAGUGCUUGCUAACCUAACAGUAUCGAAAAUUGCGCUGAAUAGGAAGACACUACUUGCAAGAGAUGUAUUUAGGAUGGAAAGCAAUACUAUUUGAAGGACAACAAAUGUAUCUCUAUUCCUUAAGGUUGUGCAAGUUACCAAAAUGGAAACUGUUCCGUUUGCUAAUACAGCUACAAGCCAGUAAAUAUCACUGAUGUUUAAGUCUGUAUUCCUUGCUACCAAGAAUUCAAUAAUGCCCAAGCCUUGAUCCAAUACGAUUGCCCGGGAAAGGUCAAAAAAUCAUAAUUAGAAAAUGAUGAUGGAUUGUCAGUUUAACCCAAGAGCAACUCUAUGGUUUUACUGUUCUCAGCUAUUUACUUCAUUUUAUUCUUGGUAUUCUGA